AUGAAUUAAUAAUAAGGAUAAGAUGGAUCUGUAAACAAUAAUGAAGAUACUUAGUAGACAAUUGAAAAAUAAUAAGGUAUAGAAAACAAAGAGUUAUGCGUGAAUUGUAAUGGAAAAAUAAAUAAGCAGAAUGUAAAAUAGAAUUAGGCUUCCAUUAAUUAAAUAAAAUAAGCAAAAUAGUUCAUCCAAUCAGAUAGAUCAAAUUAAGUUUAAACAAAAUUACAGUGCUUGAAUAAUUUAAAUGAUUCUGUAGAAUAAUUAAGAAAUUUUUAUAUGCAGUAAAUAGACCAAAUCUAAUAAUCUAUUAGAAUUUGGUAAUAACAUCUUCGAGAUGCAGAAGAUGUGUUUAUAAAUAAACUAUAAUAGGAGGAAUUAAUAAAUUUUCCAUUGUUAAACCAGUUUAUAAAGGAGUAAUAAUAUGCAUAAAAUCAAGAUUAGAUUGAUAGAAUAAGGUAAGUUAAUUAUCUCAUUUUUGGUUUAAAGGAAACAGAUCUAGUGAAAAAGUGUUUAAGUCUUCUUGAAAAUAAUAUAAAUAAACCUAUUAGAUUAGAUUCACAUAAUUUAAAAGAAUAUAACAAUAAAGAUGAAGUAUUUUGAUACAUUAAAUUAGGAACUUAACCUCUUUUGUGAAGAUCACAAUAAAUAAAUUACUUUAUGUGAUUUAAGUUCAGAAAAAUCAAUCUAAAAGCGUAUAGGAUGUUUGGAUUGUUUAGAUGGAACGAUAAAUUAAUAUACAUCUAUAAAGAGAGCCUAAAUUAUGUGGCAAUAAGUAUCAUAGAAAAGAAUAGAGAAAAUGAAUAGCAAUUUUGAAAUCUUAAAAAUUAAAGUGAAUUCAAUAAAGGAUUACUUUUUAGCGAUUCAAAAAGGAAUUAAUUGUGCAAUUGAUAGUGCAACAAACAAAUUGAGUCUAAAUUAUGAGGAUUAUAUUUUACAAGUGAAUUAGACAUUUAGUUAUUUAGGAAAUCUAUCAUGGUAAUCAAUGACUAAAGAGUAAAUGAUUGCUAUUGCUUAAGAUUUGAGUUAAAUUAAUUAAUCAAGUACUUUAGAGGAUCCCUUAUCUGAUGAAUUUUGUAUAAAAGAAAAUUUAAUAUACUAGAUUGCUAGAGAUACUAUGAAAUAGUUGCAAGAAUUAUAAGCAACAUUUUUUGAUUAAAUUAUUCAUUUGGUCUGUAAAUAAUUGGAUAAGAACAGCAGCAUUUCACUUUAAUUCCAUUAUUAAAGUGCAAAUAACAUUGCUAAUUAAAGCACUGACAUUAUAGAUUACUUAAAUCAAAAUUCAAUUGAUUUAGAACAUAAAUAAUAAGAAUAGCAAUUAUCAAUUCAAAUGAAAAAGAGUAAGCUAAAUAUCCAAGCAUAACCAUAAUCUUCUUAAACAAUCUCAACUAAAGAAAAGGAAUAACAAUUUAAGCCCUUCACAUAUAAACUAAUAGAAAAAUAUUCGAUUAAAUAAAAUGAAUUUUGUAGAGCAAUAGCUUUCAAUAAAGAUUGUACAUUAGUUGUAGCUGGAUGCAAUAAUCUCAUCAAAGUUUUUGAAUUCUCGUAAGGAUAAUUGAAACAAUUUUAAGUUUUGAGUGAACAUUAGAAUGAUGUUCAUACUCUAUAUUUCAUGAAGAAGUCAGCUCAUUUUAUUUCUGGAAGUGCAGAUAAAUCAAUAAUUAUUUGGUCCUUGACUUAAAAUAGUGGAUGGGUUUGCCAAUAAAAGCUAACUGGACAUACACACUAUAUUAGAUGCAUGAUUUUAGAUAAUACCGAAACUCUUAUCAUAUCAGGUAGCCCUGAUAAGACCAUUAAGUUUUGGGUUAAGAAAAAUGACUGGUAAUGUCAAUAAACAAUCACAGAGCAUACUAGUUGGAUAUCUGGAUUAAGUUUGAAUGAACAAUAAAAUCGAAUGAUAUCUUGUGGCGGGGAUAAAUAAAUAUUAAUAAUGGAAUAGUUCUAAAAGGAUUAAAUGUGGGUAGUAAUAUAAUAGAUAAUGGUUGAAUAGUACGGUGAUAGAGUAUGCUUUAUUAAUAAUGAUUUGUUUACAUUUUAACCAUAUUCUCAUGAGACUAUGCAUGUUUACAAAAAGGAUAAUAAUCAGUAAUAUUCUAAAUUGAAAGAAAUUGAUGUUAAGGGGGGCAGUUCAGGUGAUAGUUAUUUAUUCCCAUAAUAAUUUAUUAAAACUAAAAGCAUCCUAUUAAAUAAGAACGGCUAGAAUAUAAAUUUCUUGAGUUAAAGAGGAGAGAGCGAGCUAAUAAAUGAAUAUUCUAUAGACUUUGGGACAUAUUACUUAUUUGGAUAAAUGAGUGAAGAUGGAGAGUAUUUGAUGACUUGGGAUAAUAAAUCAACUGAAAUUUAAAUAAGAAGAUAUGAUGAGUUAUGA